CACACGACUGGUACAACAUCUUCUGGGAUGUCUCAUUAGGCACGAUGUUCUGUUUAUGGAAAGUUUGACUAUUUUAACCCGUCUCUGUGUUGGUGGCAUCAGUGAGAUGCGGCACUGGGGUCAGUAGUGGCCGAGGUCUACAGCGGAGUAGUGUGGGUAGCGCUGUUUGGACCCAGUGCUGUGACAGGAAGGGCGUUCACGUACAUAACAAACAGUGUGUGUGCUACAGACGCUGUGAGUGUCAUGAUGGGAGAACAGAGAGAGCAGUUCUGAAUGUUACACACCCUCAGUAACACUAUAUAGCCCAGCUGACCUCGUAUGCGCUUUUUCUGCCUUAUACCCCACUGUAUAAUAAGAGAACAGUAACAACUGCCACUUCUCGCUAUAAUUCUCCAAAAUGGGCACCAUGGACAUCGGUAUUUGGGUUCACGUCCACCUUGUGGUAUUUUCUUUCCUUGGAGAACAUGUCAUGGCAUAUAAUUCAUCGCUAACAGUAACGCCAUCUAGUGAAUAUUCAAUGUACACAUUGUCUGCCCAGACGUCUAUAGCUAUGGAGAUGAGCACACAACCUCUCGAGACCGGUAGCACGAGAGCACUGAUCACCAACCACACAGUGGUCAGUACCUCCUCAUCCGCUAUCCUUAGAACGGAUAUUUCUACAGUUCAAACAAUUCAGCCGACAGCUACCAUGUCGGGCAGAGAUUAUGUGAGUGUUGAAUCAUCUUCAAUAUCCAACAUCGCUACCUCUACUGGAUAUGUGGCACCGACAUCAUCUGUUGGAGGAAUGAUUACAUCGCUGCCAUUAACAAGUGAGCAAGGAAUUAUGGGAAUCACAGAAAGUCUAACCAUCCCUCCCGGAAUCAGCAGCCAAACGAUAUCGUCAUCACUGGCAUUAAAUGCCAGUGUCAGCACCGUUUCAAGUGUAAGCUCUAGUGAAAUGAACGAGUCGUUUAUCGCUCCUUCUCCCGUGAAUCAACCCGUGCCAAACACACAAGUUACAACUCUUCUGGAUAGGCAUUCUACCUCCAUGAUAACCCCUCCACUCCCUUCUACCACAAUGUUCGUGUCAGCAACGGAGAUCAUAAACUCUGCAUACCAGUCGAAAAGUGUCAUCGCCUCACAUAUGGCGUCUAUAGUGGUCUCAUCCACGUCUUCGUUGUCGCCGUCGUCAUCUUCUCUCGUGAAUGUAUCGUCAUCUUCUCUCGUGAAUUUAGUUAACACUUCUGUUGUUCAAUCCACAAACACAUCAAUAUUGAAACAAACUAACUCAGAGUCUGCUACACCACGACAAAGGUCGAGCGUUUCUUCUUCUGUCCCUUUCAGUUUAAGUAUGGUGAGUGAAAUAAGCAUUUCCCCUUCAACAACAGCAUAUGUUCAGCCAUCUAGCCAUAUGACGUCAGCUGUAUUUUCCUCGGUGUCUUCAUUAUCUACACAAGAGGUUUUACCCAUUCAGACAUCAAGUAUAAAACAACAUACUGUUUCCACGUCAUCAGAUCACGUGUCCCCAUCAUAUAUGACAACUUGGGUUCUGUCUAUAUCAUCAUCUGCUCCUCUUGAACCCUUUCAAUCACGCCCAGUACAGUCCAUUAGUACGUUUUCGAUAGCUGUGUCAUCCUCUUUUGACCGAACGGCAUUCACUAGCUCAAGAAAAGAGCAAAUUACAACCACAGCUGCAAGUGUUCAGUCUGUCAUACCAACGUCAACGACAACACGUAUGGUGUAUGUGACGGAUCACAGUACAUCAUUAGAAUGGCCUUCUACGACUCUUUUGCCAGAACUGACAAGUUCACAACCAUCACCUGCAAGUGCAACACCUUCUCAGAGCACUACUCCGGCGUUCUCGACAAGUCCACUCCCGAAACAAUCAACCACUCAUUUGCUACCUACUCUGCUGGCUAGGAAUAUAAGUUUUGAGGUAGAGUUCAAUGGUGUAUGCAGUCCUUUGGUUCAGAGAAAAAUUGUUUUAGAAAUAUUUUGGGAGGAACUUGUUAUCACACUUGCUAAGGCAUUACAUAUCGAAAACUCGGCCAUCAAACCUAAAGAUAUAGCGUGUCGUCCAAUACGAAUAUCCUUUGUAAUAAUGGAAACGACGCGCACGAAUAUCACACAAAUCUUGAAGGGAUUAAUCGCCAACGAGGAACUCAAAUUUAAAAUCCCUGUUCUUGUUGGAGGAUCGGAAUCCAAAUACCAGUAUAAAGCUGUGUCAGUAAAGCAAGUGCCCCUGGAUUAUGAUAUAUCUGGAACCCCAGACCUGUACGAGAUAGGUCUAAACAAAGUGGAUAUCAUCGUUAUCAUCGUCGCUUGUUGUGUGUCAUUUAUCCUCAUUUGUAUAGGCUGUUGUAUAUGUCUUCGGGAGUACUACAUCCGAAAGCGUUCUCGUUCGUUCGACCUUUCAGACAUCGUGAAUUUCAAUCUCAAAUUAGAGGAUUAUACCUUAACAAAGAUUCCUAGGAAUAAACCAUUUUACUCGGAUAAUUCUGUGAAGAUGCAAUCGUUCACACGUAAAAAUGGUCAGCAGACAAAGUCACUCCUAGAACAAGAAGAACAAUGCAACUGUGACGAUGUGAAUGUCAUGAAAGAGGUCAAAGUACGUAUGAACUCCCAUAGUGACGGAAUCGUUAUUGGUGUAACUGCCACGAGUAUACCAGAUGUAGUCACCAAUCAUCAAAGAGCACAUGACGAUCAGGCGGACCAAUCAAAAGAGAUUUUAUUUGAAAAUGAAUCUAGCCCAACACACUGCAUGGACAAUCCCAUCUACUUCGCCGACGAUGAUAGAUUUACGGCUGUGUAAAGAUGUAAUGUAUAUACUAUAGUAUUCUUUAUCAUGUGUUAAACAGAUAAUUCCAGAAGUACAUUCGAUAUUGAUUGACCGAUGGUUUACAUUUAUUAUCAUGUCAUGGGUGAGCAUUCACAAAGAUAAUGACUUAUGGCUGAUGUUAAUACCAUAUUCGAUAUUUUGUUUUAGUAUUUUCAUCAGGAUAUUGUUUUAGUAUUUUCAUCACUUUUUCAUUUAUAUUUUCAUAAUAAAUGUGAUCUUAUUAACUAACUCUUGAUAAUUGUAUUUUGAUAUGGCCCCUUUACACUAUCUCACCGAAACAUUCACCAUCAAUAUUGAUAUACUGUAUUUGGACAUGUAUAGAGAUGUGAUGAGUACUUCAUCCUGAAAACACAUUAUAUGUUAAGAAAAUAGUUGAUCAUUCAUUGAAUAAUCCUAAUUUAAGAACUGAGUACUUCAUCCAGAAAACACAUUAUACGUUAAGAAAAUAGUUGAUCAUUCAUUGACUAAACCUAAUUUAAGGACUGAGUACUUCAUCCAGAAAACACAUUAUAUGUUAAGAAAAUAGUUGAUCAUUCAUUGACUAAACCUAAUUUAAGAACUGAGUACUUCAUCCAGAAAACACAUUAUAUGUUAAGAAAAUAGUUGACAAUUCAUUGACUAAACCUAAUUUAAGAACUUAAGAUUUUGGAAAAAUACAUCAACGUAAAUGUUGUUUUCAAAGAAAUGGAAAUCGCACAAUUGAUAUAACUAGUAUAUUUUCAAUGAUUUCCUAAAUAUCCAAUAUCUGUUUAACAUAACCAUAUAAAUAACCUUUUACAAAAGUUAUACAUGUAUGUCAAUUGAUUGGGUUCACUCUUUGAGAAAUGUCGUUUAAUUGUAUAUCAUGGUAGUUCUUGUAAGGAAAAUAUUUUAUGCGCUAACAUGUUAAUUUUACAUUCAUAGCCACAUAUUUUUACAAUAAAGAAUGACAUUUCAAUGGUUUGUUUUCAUGUCACCUCGA